AUGUACCUGGUCUGUCUUGUACCUUUCAGUCCCGAAACAUCAAGAAAACUUGAAACACUUGCCGUCACACUUCUCGGUCCCGAGAUUACAAUUGGGUAUGCAGUUCAAAAUUGGCUUGCCGCAAGGGCUUUCUUAAAACGUGUGCAUAGCAGUGGCAAUCGUGAUUGGACCAUGACGCACGCAUUCUUCGCCGUUGCAGGUGGGUUUACUGUUCGUAUGCCCGAUAAAGACGACUACAGAGUCAAACAUACAACAUUGCAAAGACUCAUAGUGGACGGAUGUGUCGAUAGAUUACCCAUCUUCAAAGCAGAGUUACAGAGCCGAGGCAAAAGCGAUUGGGUUGUUAAAAUUAUUGCUCUAUUUCAGAUUUGCUGGUUUGCAGUGCAGACCCUUUUCCGAGCGAUUCAGCAUCUACACGUUACAGCUGUUGAAAUCAUGACCAUCGCUUUCAUCUUCUGCUCGGUCUUCAUCUACGGUCUCUAUUGGCAUCAUAACAGGGACGUUGAAUAUCCAGUGAUUAUUGAAGUACGCAGCCUCACAGCAGCGUCAGGUGAAAUCACACCUACGCAACAGACGAGAACCUUAGAAGACAUCAAAUCUAUUGAGACGGAUUUCCUGGAGUCCGUCGGAAAGGAUAAUGGUCUUCUGUUUCGUUGGCUUAGUACCGAAAUUGCGGCCUGUGCCUUUGGAGCAGUCCAUUGUUUGGCUUGGAGCUCGCUUUUCCCUACGCCCCAAGAAAGACUUGCCUGGCGAAUAUGCGCUGUGGCAACACUUAUCUUGCCAUUACUAUUUUCAGUAUUUGGGCUCAUACCAUACUGGUAUCUUGAGAGUUUUUGGCGUGAGGACUGUUAUGAGCAUAGCCUCUGGGCCUGGGCAUGUUUUUAUGUGGCUGGAAGGCUGGCCAUCAUUGUCCUGGCGCUAAUGGAGCUUCGAAGUCUGCCGUCUAGCGCACUUGAAACGGUGCAAUGGAGCAAAUAUGUACCACACUUCGGCCCCUAA